GCCGUCCGGGUAUUUGAACGGCGCUUCCGCCAUUUUCCCUGCGCCCGGCACGGAGCGAGGAGCGGGAGAGCCUCGGCAGAGACACAGCAUGGCCGCCCAAGGAGAGCCCCAAGUGCAGUUUAAGCUUGUUCUGGUUGGUGAUGGUGGCACUGGUAAAACAACAUUUGUAAAGCGUCACUUGACUGGUGAAUUUGAAAAGAAGUAUGUAGCAACACUGGGUGUUGAAGUUCAUCCUCUGGUGUUCCAUACUAACAGAGGCCCUAUCAAGUUUAAUGUAUGGGACACAGCUGGCCAGGAGAAGUUUGGUGGCCUGCGUGAUGGCUACUAUAUCCAAGCUCAGUGUGCCAUCAUCAUGUUUGAUGUAACAUCAAGAGUUACUUACAAGAAUGUACCUAAUUGGCAUAGAGAUCUGGUACGAGUAUGUGAAAAUAUCCCCAUAGUGUUGUGUGGCAACAAAGUGGAUAUUAAGGACAGAAAAGUCAAGGCAAAAUCCAUUGUGUUCCAUAGGAAGAAGAAUCUCCAGUAUUAUGACAUUUCAGCUAAGAGUAACUACAACUUUGAGAAGCCUUUCCUGUGGCUUGCUAGGAAGCUAAUUGGAGAUCCCAACCUGGAGUUUGUUGCCAUGCCUGCGCUUGCACCUCCUGAAGUUGUUAUGGACCCAGCACUGGCAGCACAGUACGAGCAAGACUUACAGAUUGCUCAGACCACUGCACUGCCAGAUGAAGAUGAUGACCUGUGAGGGAUGAAGCUGGAGCCCAGCGUCAGAAGUCUAGUUUUAUAGGCAACUGUCCUGUGAUGUCGGUGAUGCAGCGUGUUUGCCACUUUAUUAUCUAGCUGAACAGAACAUGUGCUUAAUCUUUGGGAUGCUGAAAGAGAUGAAUGGGCUUCGGAGAGUGAAUGUGGCAGUUUAAAAAAAACAAACAAAACAAAAUGAAAAAAAAAAACAAAACAAAAAAACCUUCAUAUUUUGGACCUGCAUAUUUAGCUGUUUUUUGGACUGCAAUUACUUCCCCUUUUGAGUUUCAAAUAUAAGACUGCUGCAGUCACAUCAGAGUGUUAAGUGGAAAAUCUUGUUUCUGUCAUUCCCAUUCUUUUGUUUAGGUAAUAAAGUUGUAUUUCAAGUAUCUCCAAGCAAGUGAACUUUCAUGCAUUGUUAGGAAAACUGUUCAAAGUGUCUUCUGUUCUUAAUUUGAGGGUAAUACUUGAUUGUCUACUACUGCAUUUCUCGUUCUGUUUUCCUUCCUGCUUCUCAUACUAAGCUCCUCUUGCUAAUUCAGAGCUAACAGUUCCCUGUCUGUGCUUGCUGGCUGGCAGAGCUGAGGCCAGCUGAAGUGCCAGGCAGAGCUGCAGCACUGAGCACGGCUGUGGCUGGAGGAGCCUUCCCAGCCGAGUGCAGUGCUGGUGCUGCAGGGUGCAGCCUGCAGUUCUGCCGGCACGUCCUGCAGUUCUGCCUGCGCGUGCCGCAGUUCUGCCUGCGCGUCCUGCAGUUCUGCCUGCACGUCCUGCAGUUCUGCCUGCACGUCCUGCAGUUCUGCCUGCGCGUGCCGCAGUUCUGCCUGCGUGUCCUGCAGUUCUGCCUGCACGUCCUGCAGUUCUGCCUGCACGUCCUGCAGUUCUGCCUGCGCGUGCCGCAGUUCUGCCUGCGUGUCCUGCAGUUCUGCCGGCACGUCCUGCAGUUCUGCCUGCGCGUGCCGCAGUUCUGCCUGCGCGUCCUGCAGUUCUGCCUGCGCGUCCUGCAGUUCUGCCUGCACAGGCCGCAGUUCUGCCCGCGCGCCCCGCAGUUCUGCCUGCAUGUCCUGCAGUUCUGCCUGCAUGUCCUGCAGUUCUGCCGGCACGUCCUGCAGUUCUGCCUGCAGUUCUGCCUGUGCUCCCUGCAGUUCUGCCUGCAUGUCCUGCAGUUCUGUGCAGUCCCAGCUCCUCGCUGGUACCACAGGUACCCUCAGCUCUGUGUUUUUAGCAGCCAGAAGCAAACGGCAUCCAGGCCUGUGAGCUGACUUCAGCUGUGUCUUUGCAUGGAACAGCAGUAGAGCUAUAGCUGGUUAAACCAAUUCUAAGCAUCUUCAAAUUCACUGACCAGAAAACAACCGUGGUUUGAGCUAAAAUGCUCUUGCCUUCCCACUGCUAUGUUAGCUGGAGCCACAGUGAUUGAAACAUCUAGACUUUACUGUAACUGCACCAAGUUCUUAAUUUGAAACUGGCUUAUUACAGCACAAAUGGUGGAAAAUGUCAACUUUUAACACUACCUUGUAGAGAUGAAUCUUGGUCAAUAUUAGUACUGCUAGUAAGCAAAACUUAAGUUUAGGAGGUUUUUUUUUUCAGUAGUGUUUGAGUACAUGAAGUCUCGAACUCUUCAGUUUUGUAUUUUUGGUUUCUUAAUAAAGUGGAGCAUUUCAUUUAUUCCUUUUAA